AUGGACGUCUACGUCCUACCUCAACUUGCUCUUCUUUCAGUUGUCGUCCUCUUCGCUUGGUUCACACUCUCAUGGGCCACAUCGCCGUUGCGAAAGUACCCCGGGCCGCUUCUCGCAGGCUAUACGAACUUGUGGCGCCUUGCCCUCGUCAGGUCUCGCCGCUACCACCAGACAAUCAAGGAGCUCCACGACAAAUACGGCCCAGUCGUGCGCAUCGGGCCGAACCUGCUUGAUCUCGACUACCCGGAGCUGAUCAGAACAAUCUACAGCACUGACGGCAAAUGGCGGAAGACCGAGUUUUACGAGAACAACUCGGCCCUUGUCAAUGGCCGUAUCACUUACCACAUCUUCUCCACCACUGACCAGGCCGAACAUGCCCGGAUGAAGCGCCCCGUGGUCAAGUACUACUCUCAGGGCGCCUGCUCCGCCUUGGAGCCGCACAUGGACGGCGUCAUCACCGACUUCCUCAAGCACCUUGACGAGCGGUUCGCCAACCCCAAAAGCCCAAAGCCAUGCAACCUCGGCGACUGGGUGGCCUAUUACGCCUGGGACCUGAUCGGCUCCGCCACCUUCUCCCGCCGCUUCGGCUUCAUGGAGGCCGGCAAGGACUUUGACCACACGCUGGCGCUGGCCGACAAGGCGCUCGACUACUUCCAGGCGGUGGGGCAGAUGCCGUGGCUGGACUUUGUGCUGGACAAGAACCCCAUCAUGCGCAUCGGCCCGCCGAACCUGGUCAACGUGACGCGCAUCGCCGUCGAGGCCUUUGGGGCGCGCCUGCAGGGCAAGGACCCGCACUUCAACCCGGCCGUGCCCGACUACCUGCAGCACUUUAUCGAGUCCAAGUCGCUGCACCCGGACCUGGUCGACGACGGCGCCAUCGUCGGCUACCUCCUCGUCAACCUGCUCGCCGGCGCCGACACCACCGCCGUCACCAUCCGCUCCGUCUUUUACUACUGCCUCAAGAACCCGUCCACCUACGCCCGCCUCGUCGCCGAGGUCCGCGCCGCCGGCUUCGACCGGAACCGCCCCGUCGCCGCCGCCGCUGCUAACAAGCUGCCGUACGUCGAAGCUGUCGUGCGCGAGGCGAUGCGAUUCCACCCGGCCGUAGCCAUGCUUCUGGAGAGGUACGUCCCCGAGGGGGGGCUGAAGCUUCCCGAUGGCUCCUACGUGCCCGCCGGCGCGGCGGUGGGGUUGAACGCCUAUGUCGUGGGCAGGAACAAGGACGUGUAUGGCCAGGACGCCGACGAGUUUCGGCCGGAGCGAUGGCUGCAGGCGAAGGGGGAGACGGAGGCGGCCUACAAGGCCAGGCUGCAGCGGAUGCAGGCCUCGGAUCUGUCUUUUGGCGCCGGGUCGCGCAUCUGCCUCGGCCGGCACCUGGCGCUGAUGGAGGUGUACAAGAUUGUCGCGACGCUGGUGAACCGCUACGAGAUUGAGCUCGAGGACCCGGACAGGGAGUGGAAGGUUAUGGGCAGCUGGUUCACGCGGCAGGAGGGGCUGAUCACCAAGAUAUCGCCGAGGAAGGACUAA